AUGGGCGUCAUCACUCACCCCAACAUCCGCGAUGGAUGGUUCCACGAGACCAACUCACAAUGGCCCGGUCAGGCCAUGAGCCUCGAGGUUCAGCGCAUCCUCCACCACGAAAAAUCGCUUUUCCAGGACGUUCUGGUCUUCGAAUCUACCACGUUUGGCAAUGUUCUUGUUCUCGACGGUGUCAUUCAGUGCACCGAGCGCGACGAGUUUUCCUACCAGGAGAUGAUUGCUCACCUUCCCAUCGCCUCGCACCCCAACCCCGAGCGCGUUCUUGUCAUUGGCGGUGGUGAUGGUGGUGUGCUCCGCGAGGUCGUCAAGCACGACUCGGUCAAGGAGGCUGUUCUUUGCGACAUUGACGAGGCUGUUCCCCGUGUCUCCAAGCAGUAUCUUCCUCACAUGGCCGAAGGUCUCACUCACCCCAAGUCCACUGUGAUCAUUGGCGACGGCUUUGCUUUCCUCCAGGACCCCAAGAACAAGGCCAGCUUCGACGUUAUCAUCACCGAUUCCUCCGACCCUGUCGGUCCCGCAGAGGCGCUUUUCCAGCAGCCGUACUUUGCUCUUCUCAAAGAAGCCCUCAAGCCUGGUGGACACAUCUCUACCCAGGCCGAGUGUGUUUGGAUUCACCUCAACCUAAUCGGCGAGCUUCGACGAUCCACUAAGGAGCUCUUCCCUGUCGCCGACUACGCUUUCACCACCAUUCCCACCUACCCCUCCGGUCAGAUUGGUUUCGUCGUGUGCUCGCUCGACGCCAAUCGCAACGUCCGCGAGCCUCUUCGUGAAGUUCCAGACUGCCGAUACUACAACUCACAGGUGCACAAGGCCGCUUUCACCGUCCCCGAGUUCGCCCGCAAGGUCAUCGAGGAUGGUGCACCCGCCCCUGGCCGUGUGAUCCCCACCGGUGAAGGCAUCGCAAAGACCCAGCGCGCUCCCAAGAAGAUUCUUCUGCUUGGCUCCGGCUAUGUUGCUGGCCCCUUUGCUCAGUACGUCACCCGCUUCCCCGAGUACAGUCUUACCGUCGCUUCUUCCAAGCUUGAGCACUCGGAGCGCCUCACUCAAGGCCUCCACAACGCAUCGGCAGCUGCCGUUGAUGUCAACGAUGCUGCCGCGCUCUCCGCGCUCGUCAAGGGUCACGACAUUGUCAUCUCGCUCAUCCCCUACAUCUACCACGCUGCCGUCAUCAAGGCCGCUUGCGAACACAAGGUCAACGUCGUCACCACCUCGUACGUCUCGGACGCCAUUCGUGCUCUUGAGCCCGAGAUCCAAAAGGCGGGUAUCACCGUCAUGAACGAGAUCGGUCUCGACCCUGGUCUGGACCACCUCUACGCCGUCAAGGCCAUCGACGAUGUUCACGCCGAAGGUGGUAAGAUCAAGUCGUUCCUCUCCUACUGCGGUGGCUUGCCUGCUCCUGAGGCGGCCGACAACCCGCUCGGCUACAAGUUCUCCUGGUCGUCGCGUGGCGUUUUGCUGGCCCUCCGAAACACCGCCAAGUUCUGGCAGGAUGGCCAGGAGCUCACCGUCUCUGGUCACGAGCUCAUGGCCGCUGCCAAGAGCUUUUACAUUAACCCUGCAUUCGCCUUUGUCGCUUACCCUAACCGUGACUCGACUCCCUUCAAGCAGUGGUAUAACAUCCCCGAGGCCGAGACUGUAAUCCGCGGUACUCUGCGAUACCAAGGCUUCCCCGAAUUCAUCCUCGCUCUUGUCAAGCUCGGAUUCCUCGACGAGGAGUCCAAACCCUUCCUUGCCUACAACACCAAGGCCACGUGGGCUGAGGUCACUGCUAACAUGGUCGGCGCCUCGUCCACCUCUGAGACCGAUCUGAUCGCUGCUGUCAAGGCCAAGGUCUCGUUCAAGUCGGCGCAGGAAGAGGAGACCAUUAUCCGAGGUCUGCGAUGGCUCGACCUGUUCUCCACUACCGCCCCCGUCACGGUACGCGGCACUGCGGCGCAGGAGGCGGCGCAGGUGGCCGGUAACCCGCUCGACUCGCUCUGCGCUACGCUCGAGGACAAGUGCGCCUACGCUCCCGGUGAGCGUGACAUGGUCAUGCUCCAGCACAAGUUUGAGAUCGAGACCGCCAGUGGCGAGCACAAGACGCUCACCUCGACCUUGCUCGAUUACGGUAUCCCUCAUGGCGUCACUUCAAUGGCCAAGCUUGUCGGUGUGCCCUGCGCCAUUGCCACGCGCUUGAUCCUGGAAGGCCACCCCGCCCUCUCCAAGACUGGUAUCCUUGCCCCUUACACCAAGGACAUCUGCGAUCCCAUCCGUCUCGAGCUUGAGAAGGAGGGUAUCGCUCUCGAGGAGCGAUACGUUUAG